UGGAAUUUCUAACUCUAUACUGAAUGAUUUCUUUAUGAACUUGUCUUCGUUAAUAAAUCUUGAUGAUGUAGUAGAAAUGGUAAAUUACAGUGGCGUAUACAAAACUUUAGAUAGAUUUGGCUACAAUAUGGAUACUCUUAUGAAACAGUUGGCACCACCUUGCGAUAAAAUGUUUAAAAAAUGCUAUUGGAAAACCAAGGAAGUACCGUGUUUGAAUCUUUUCAAGGUCGUAAGGACUACUUAUGGGUAUUGUUGCGGUUUUAAUCAAAAAGGUUUUCAAGAUGAAGAGGGGGACACGACUGUUUCGUCAAAAGUUCACGAAUAUGCCAUGGGUGCUGGUCCAGCUUUCGGGUUACGUCUUAUAUUAGAUGCAGAAGAAGAAGAAUAUUUAUCCCCUCUUAAAUCUGUAAUUGGAUUUUGUGUGGCAGUUUUACCAUCUCAUUUCUUCCCUCAAAUGGAAUCUUAUGGUAACACACUCCUGCAAGCAGAUGAAAUGACGAUGUAUCUAAAACCAACUGUGAUAAGUAGCACUCCGGAAGUAAAACGAUUGAAUUAUAAAACAAGAGAUUGCUUUCGCGAAAGAGAAGUAUGA